AUUCCAUAAUUAUCCUGAAACGCAUUUGACAAGUUAGUGGUAAACAGUCUGAGUCUAUUAUCGUUAUGUUGUACUUUCACACAAAAUAGUAAUCGAAGGCAAUGACUAAUUCAUCGAAAAAUGGCAGAGAGUGAAGAUCAAAUCCAGGAAGUCCGUAAGGAUGACAGACUUGUGCUAAAACUGGAGACAUGUAUGCAGACCUACUCCUGGGACUGUGGACUUGCUUGCUGUUGUAUGGUGCUAAGGUAUUUAGGAAAAGAUGAUUCCUCUGUAUAUACCAGUGAUCUAGAGGAGCUUCAAUGUGGGCAAAGCAUAUGGACAAUUGAUUUGGGAUAUCUCUUUCUAAAAUACAAAGUGAAAGUAGAAUUUUCCACAAUAACCCUUGGUGUAGACGACCAAUAUGCCAAAAAGCCUUUUUAUAUGCAAAAUUUCAACAAAGAUGCUGAGAGGGUUAGCAGAAAAUUUGCCGAGGCUUCUCAGUCAGGGCUUGAUGUUUCCAACAGGUCUCUAACCAUGAAUGACAUUGUAAAGCACCUGUCAGGGGGAAAUCUGUUGAUCUGUCUGGUGGACUGGAGCUUACUGGAGUGCAUCUGGUGUGACAGGGUGAAACAGCAGUGUUUGAAUUGGUGUGGACAUUGCUGCAAGACAUACCAAGGUCACUAUGUUGUGGUGUGUGGUUAUGACUUGAAGAAGAAAAGAAUAUUUUACAAAAAUCCCUCAUAUGAUGAAGAUGUGUGCUGUUGCCGCAUGGACAAGUUUGACAAAGCCCGGAAAAGUCACGGGACAGAUGAAGACAUUCUGCUUAUUUAUUCAUAAGAUGGGGGAAGUUAAUUCAAUUCUAAUCAGUAAACCAUUGGAUUUUUGAGUAUGUACACUUUUAACCAGAGGUGUUCAUUUUUCAAACAGUUGCCUUUCGAAUUGUCUUAACCAUUGUUUUUUCAGAACCCUUAUUUAUAUCUUUUAGUCUCUAUUAUUUUCAUUGUAGAAUGUGUGCUCAAGUUUUUUGUCUUUUCAGUAAAAAGUGUUGACAUUUAUGUAUAUAUGUUUUACCUCUAUGCAUUUGUAUAUGCAUAAGUAUAUAAUGUACACUGUAGAUUUAAAGUUGGAGUGCAAUUUUCUGAACUAAUACAGAAAAUCUGUAAAUUUAAUUUUUUUUAAGGUACACGGGGAUGUGAACUGUGGCACUUCACACAGGCAUCAGCAAUGUUAACACAUGGUUCAUAAUGAAAAGAAAAAGAAUUGUUUUCUACAAACAGAAUACCUCAUUACAUGUGUUGAAAUUUCUGUAUUUUGUGUCUGUGCAUGCCAGUGUUGAAAUGCAGUGUAUAUCCUAUUAAACCUUGAGUAUUUUAUUGUACAUCGUGUGUUGACAUUGUAGAGAGUACUAGUGUAACGUGUACACCAGGUCCAGCCAUGAUGAUGAUGAAAGUUACAGUAAUGUAUUGAUCAAUAUCAUGGAGCCAAAUCUUGAUCGAUCAUGAUCUGAUACUACGUGGGUGUACUUAAUGUAUUAUUUAGAUAGUCAUUUGUAUUUUUAUAUCGUGAUUACAUUUCAAUAAUUUUCAUUCACAAACAUAUAGUAGUGCAAAUACUUGAUAUCCAUCAUCUAAUAGGCUUACUUGCAUACUAUAAUUACCAUCAACCAAAACAUACUAAGGUGUUAAUUAAUCUGUGAAGAAUUUUUCCAGUUUGUAAAUUUAUGUAUAAAUAGUUUUACUAAGGUAUCGAUAUACAUGUAUAAGGCUUAGUGAUUCUCUGUUUUAAGAUGGGUUUGUGUAAAACAUAUUCAUAAACAGCUAUAUUAGAAUUGAUUUUUAUACGCCCGUCUUAAGACGGGACGUAUUAUGGUAUGGCGUUCAUGUCCGUCCGUCUGUCCGUCCGUCUGUUAGCUUUUUCGUGUCCGACCCGUAACUUAAAUACUACAAGGCCUAGAAUCAUCAAACUUUGUCUGUAGAUACAUCUUGGGUAGAAGGUGUGUCGCACAUUAAAACCAGGUCACUGUGACUUUUCAUUAAGAAGAUAUCCGUCUGUCCGUCAGUCUGUUAGCUUUUUCGUGUCCGACCCGUAUCUUAAAUACUACAAGGCCUAGAAUCAUCAAACUUUGUCUGUAGAUACAUCUUGGGUAGAAGGUAUGUCGCACAUUAAAACCAGGUCACUGACUUUUCAUUAAGAAGAUAUGGCCAUAUAUGGCAAAAACUUGUCCGGCUCAUAACUUGAAAACUAUUAGACCUAGAAUCACCAAAAUUGGUCAACCAAUGCAUCUUAGGUAGAAGGUGUGUCGCAUCCUACUUUAAGGUCACUGUGACAUUUAAUUAAGGUGAUAUAAAAAAAAAAAAUUUAAUGGGUACAAUCUAUACUGUUAACAAUAUGUGACGGGCGUAUCAUGUGCCGUGGCGGUGCACUUUAUUACAUGUAACUACCCCCCACCCCCCCCCCCCCAUUUCCUGUAAGUGGCUGGGACUUGUACCAUCAUGUCCAAAAAUUCCAUCCAUCUGGUCAUGCUUUCUGACCAUCCAUCUUGCUUUCUGACUUCGAGCUAUUUUUUUUUUUGGUAUAUGGUUGUACAUGUACAUGUAUAUCAAUGGAGUUCAUUCUGCUUUGAGAUGUUGAUAUGAAACUUGGUGUGUGAUUUCCUAGUGAUCGAGUCCAGCAUCUCUGAUGGUUGGCAUAUAAUCUAUGGUGAUGGCAGGUUGAGGACAUGCUCUCAGAAUACUUGAUUAUGGGAUGUUUAUACUAAUUGUAUUUCUUAACAAAUACAUGUACCUUAGUUUAAGUAGUUUUUACGAGUCCUGACCCUUACAUUUGCCAGUGGCAUUCUUGUCUUGUUUGCAGACAGGCACUUUUUUUUAAACAUGUACUGAGACAUGAACUUUUCAAUCGAAACUUCUGGGUCCUCUCUGGGAUGUACCAAACACACAUUGAAAGUCAAGAAAUUUGUAUACUUUAUAAGUAAUUGAUUAGUAACAUGUUUGUAAACUUAAAUAUGGAAAGAUCUCGCAGUUUCUUGCAAGAAAUUAUUGUAAAGAAAGGUGAUAAAUUAUAUUCUAUCGUUGCUUUCAAUUUGAUCAAAAACAGAGGUAGGGGUGUAGCUGGGUUUUUUUUUAAUGUGGACUUCCUAUGGAGGAAGGGGUUUGGGUACCGCUUAAGGCUCUCAAUGGGUCCAUGGCAAAGCCUUGCUAAGGGUCCAGUGGGAAGCUGAUGGACCCAAGGCAUGUUGCCAUGGAGUUCAACAUCUUCCUGACGACGUGAAAUUUUAAAUAAUUUGCAUGCAUUUCAUGCUAUUAAAAAUGUAGUAAAUUUUACAAACUUGUUAAAAAUGCAUGCAUUUUUGUUUAAUUUUCUUGGUAGAACAGUGCCUAACAAUUAUAUGACAAAGGUAAAUAUUGUUCUUUUUUUAAAACAAGAUUCGUUAUAAUUUUAUCCAAGUUAAUGGAGAAAAUCCCUCUCUCUUUUUUUCUGAAUUCACCUUUGGAGGAGAUGAUACAUGUACAUUCGAGGCUCUGUUUUGCUCACUAAAAAGAUUAGAGAAGAUGAGAUUGAUAUUUAUUUAUUUUUGAUAAUUAAGAGAUAUCCCUUGUACUGUGAUAUGAUACCUUACGAGUGUCCCCGCCCGUAUCGGGCUUUCCAGAUCAAACACUCAGAUGUGUUCGGUGUACAUGUUCAACUUUUGCCUUGAUAUUACACAAUAUAGCUGUAGAGCUAUGAAAGAUGGGUCUUCGCAUUCGGUAAAUUGAAAAGUAUUUUUAAAAGCAUUAUGUCUUGCCAAAAUGAAGGUCAUAUGAUAUGAACAAAGAGGCGAAUUUGCCAUCUUAUAAAUAUCUUAGGACUUGGAAGUUGUAUGGGGCAAUCCCUUUGACAAAGUGGUACUUUUAUUUAGAAUUAAGGAAAAUGAACAACGGUACUUCUCUUUUUAGAAUUAAGGAAAAUGAACAAGACUUUGGUAGCAUAGCAUUAAACUAAAAUGCUGGUCAUGUAAAAAGAAAAAAAAAAGACACAUGGUUAAGAAAUCUAGAAUGUAAUCAAUGAGAAUUCCAAAGUUUUAAAAAUCAGAUUUAAUGAAUAAAUAGAUAAGUUAAAAACGUAGAUCUCCAUAUUCUGGCGAUGAAUUCUAGUCAAUAUUGCUUUUUUAUCCAAUCAAUGUACCGUUUUUUAAUUCUAAAAUUUCAUUGAAGUCCAGUAGAUUUGUGUCUUUAAAAGCUGCCUUAGAACAGCAACAUUCACUAGGUGAGCUUUUCGUUUUGCACGGUCAUCUACAAAAGGAACAAAAUAUAUAGUUCAAUUUUGAAUUGAAUGUUGGGAAGUACAUGUAAUUAGAGCGUGCUUUAAUAAAUGUUUGGUUGUGAUGUUUAAAUGUUAUAGAUGUAUUUUUGUAUAAAGGAGAAAUAUAUAAUAUACUAGUGUAUAUCAUAUUGUUCUUAUUUGAUAUUGUAUAAUUACAGUAUAUUAUUCAUAAUGUGAUUGUAUCUCUUAUAAAUUUAUUCUGAUGCUAAUAAAGAUUUUGCUGAAACC